GGAUAGGGCUGCCUUAUCCUUCCAAGCGAACCAACUGCCAGGAAAUUUCAUCCCUUCUUCAUCUCCCCGACGCCGCCGCUGCUCUGCGCCGCCGCUCCACCCUGCUUCCCUGAGCUGCUGCGCUGCCGCCCCACCCUGCUUCCUCGAGCUGCUUCACCGCGCGCCCCAAGCCUCCCCCACCAUUCUAUUUCUCCAAGCCGUCACCGUCCCGAUCUACUCCGGUGACCGCUGCGCUACGCCGCCGCUCUGCCCCGGUUCCCCGAGCUGUGGAGGUGAACAUGCGUGUGCCCUUUGUCGAGCCCCGCGCCUCCUCGACCGGCGCCGAUCCGUUCCGUUGCCUCGACCGCCGGCUGACGCCGACAAGCUACCGCUCGGUCCUCCUCUACCACAAAUUGACGCCACCGUCGGCGCCGCCGCUCCACCGCCUCGCCCACAAGCCUGACGCCGCCUCGCUCCCCGCUCGGUCCUCCUCUGCCGUCCUCCUCCGUCGAACACCGCCUCGCCCACAAGGUGUUCGACAGAAAGAUGAGCGGCUUGUUCGAUGAUUCGUCAACUGAUGACGAAUUUGACAUGUGUGAAGAGGAGGAUAUUGCUAUAAUCUUGGCCGUGCACAAGAGCAAGCGGCCCAAGCACGGUGGCUCCGUCUCCGGCCGUGAGAAGCUGUGGAGGGAGAGGAUUGAUGCACACAACUGGUUUAUGCGGAGCUACUUCGUGGAGAACCCCAUUUAUCCGAAGAGGUACUUCCGCCGCCGGUUUAGGAUGGGCACAAAGUUGUUUGCACACAUUGCCAAGAGUGUGAAGAAAUAUGAUCGUUUCUUUGAGCAAAGGAGGAAUUGCGCCGGAGAGCUUGGCCAUAGCACCUACCAAAAGGUCACUGCCGCAUUGCGUAUGAUGGCAUAUGGCAUUCCGGCAGAUCUUGUUGAUGAUCAUUUGGCAAUGGGUGAGAGCCAAGCCAUCAAAUGUGUCAAACGCUUUGCAGUAGGAAUUGUGAGAGUGUUUGGAGAAGAGUACUUGAGAGCUCCCAAUGCUCAAGACACGGCGAGGCUCUUGGGGAUCAACAAGGCUCGUGGGUUUCCAGGUAUGCUUGGGUCCAUUGAUUGCAUGCAUUGGAGGUGGAAAAAUUGUCCUGCAGCAUGGCAUGGACAAUUUUAAGGUCAUAAGAAAGAUUCCACUAUUAUACUAGAGGCCGUUGCCGACCAUGAGACUUGGUUUUGGCAUGCUUUCUUUGGGAUGCCCGGCUCUUGCAAUGACAUCAAUGUUCUGUAACGAUCACCACUCUUUCAGAAGUUAUCCAUGGGUGAGUCUGAUGAACUUUGUAUCUUAUGUUGUUGUAUGUGAUGAACUUUGUCUUCGUAUGCUCAUUGGUGUGCUAUUUGAACUAUUUGUGAGUUGUAAUGAACUAUUCAGUACUAUUUGUGAUUGUUGUAUUUAGAUUUAUUUAUCAUGAUACUCAUGUUGUUUGCUGCAUAUAUGUUUGCAAAUGUGAGAAGAAAACAAAUUGUGUGGUGGCC